AUGGCCGACAAUGCUUCCUCAGGAAGCCUUGCUUCUGUACCCCCUCCUCCGUUACCGAAAGACUAUCCUCUUCUUCAACAACGUCCUUCUUUCCCUGCGGCAGCUGUAAAACAGAUCUCCCAAAGCCCUCCCGUCCGCCGAAAGCCUCUCCCUUCCAGCGCCUCGCCCGUCAUACAGUCACCUCCGUCCCCCGAGUCUGUGCACCGACGACAGAACGCGGGCGUUUCACCGGAGCAAGACAAGAUCAACGGCGUCUCACGCGCACUUGACUUUAGAGAAAGAAGGACUCCGAAUUCUUCGACGCAGUCGCCGGUGCAAAGACACUUACGAGAAACCACUUCUCAACGCACAACGACAGGCUCCGUCCCUCAAGUGUAUACCGAGGACUAUACCAGCUCCCCCAAGAGCAGCCACAGAGGAAAACCAUCAAAUGAUUUCACGGUAGAACCCGUGGGAGCGCACGAUAUGGGUCUGAAACCCGGGUCGAGGCCGCCACCUCUGCGGACGGACUCGAAUUCGUCAACAAAAUCGUUGACGGUGAUCGAUACAAAGAAGCCUCAGACGCCAGGAUCCAAAUUUACUUCUUUCUUCAGCCGCAGACCUGCCGCAUCCCCAAGCACAGAAUCUUCGAUCACUGACAUAUCCGACCGAAAAUCUCCUCUUCCAUCUCCUCAUAUGGGAUCACCCAGCGCCUCUGUACGUUCAUCCUCCGGCUUUCCAUAUGGAUCCUCUACCUCGCGACCCCCUCAGUCACAACUCUCCCAAGAUUCGAUCGAGUUUGACGGCAGCUCAUACGUCCACUCGCUUUCCAAUGACGACGCGGCAAGUAAAUGCCUUCAACUGGAGGCUGAACUACGCGAGAUCAGCACGGAACUAGCCAACUCUAUCAAACGCGAGAUGGACCUGGAAGAUCUCGUUGAUAGGCUGCAGAACGAAGGACCAACCAUGGGCAGAGAGAUCGAUCGUACAAGUGACUACUUCUCCGACUCGGGGACAAGUUCCGUGCGACCCGGCACCAGUGAAGGCAAUCCAAAGGAUGAAAUCCAGCGGAUAAAACGAGAGUCAGAACAACAAAGAGCACAGCUGAAGGUCGAACUGUCUCAGAAGUGGCAGGAUGAGCGCUCAAGUCGGCAAGCCCUCGAGUCUCAUGUCCAGAUCUUGGAACAGAAACUUUCACUGACACGUCGGGAUCACAAUCAAUCAGCAGACGUGACAGCGAGGGCCAAGGAACUCGAGAUGUCACUGGAGGAUGCAAGACGCAGACUCAAUGAAGAAAGGCAGAUUAAGGAAAACUUUGAAGAUCUGCUCACCGCGCUACGAGUCGAGCUCGAACAGCAUCGUAAUGAAAGAGACAAUCUUCGUGAUGAAGUUGUGCCUCAAUUGCGAUCUCGCGUUGAAGGCCUCGAGGCAAGUCUAUCUGAGUCGCAGAAGUCACCCUACGAUGUAUCAAGAAUGCAACAAGAACUUCAGAGUCUCCGUGACGAAAAUGCAGCACUGCAAAGUGCAAGAGCAAUGAAUAUGCAUUUCCAGUCGAUUGCUGAAGAAGGAGAAAGAGUCGAAUCACCAACUAAAUCAUCCUUUUUUGGUGGACGAGGAACAGGCUUGCAGCGUUCGAACACUAUUCACAUCAACAGGUCGAACUCGAGAGCAGGCAAUCGGUCCAAUUCUUUGUCCCGAUCCAACUCAAUUAGCAAUCGUCCUGCUGCAGAAAACCAGCAGCCUCUUACAGACCAGUUGAAGGAUGUAACGGAACAAAGAAAUGCGCUGCACACCACCGUCAAGUACUUGUUAAGGAGACAAGAGGCUGAGCGGCGGCUGUUCGAUAAGCGUUUGAAACUGGUUGAGGCCGAGCGAGACCGUGCACAGUCCUUGCACCAUCAAAGAAAGGGGGGUUACGAACGCGAAGUUCGCACGUUGCGCUCUGAAAUCAACUUGUUGCGCAAAAGAACCGACGAUGCCUUGGAACAAAAAUGGCAAUGCGAAAAGGGACUGGCGGGUCUCAAAAUGGACUUGGACCGUAGCAAACAAGAAACGGCUAGUUUGCAAACAUUGCUCCAGGUCCGGGACGACAGCGCCCCAGAAAUCCUUUCCUCCACAUUAGAGGAUGCUUUGCGUCGGUUGCAACAGCAACGAGAGCAAGCACAACAGCAGGAAUCCCUGGGUCAACUUAAGCAAGAGCAGGAAGUGGCUGCGCAGUUGGAACUAUCCGCGCAAAGGUCUGAGGAGCUGGCCGCCCAAGUCAGGAAACAAAUGCAAGCGAACGCUGAUCUGAGAAACCGACUCAUGGAGGCUGUUCAGAACGGCGAGAAGAACCAGCACGCUUCAGCAGAGCGAAUCAACGAUCUUCAAUCAAAACUUCGCAAACUGGAGGAUAGCAUUACUGUUGCCCAAAUGCAAUCCGAGACCGCCGUCAUGAAGCACGAAGAAGAAGUUCGAGUCCUUCGAGCCAGUCACAACAUCCAAUUGAUGCGUACACGGUCGGGCAGGAAGACGCCUGGGUUUUUGACGCCAACGCCUAAGUCGCCACUGUCACCGAUGUUUGCCAACUCGAAGAAGAGCCCGAGGUUGGAUCUGACCACUAGUGGGCCAGGCAUGGCACUUCAGGAAGCCCUGAAAACAGAGUUCCUUGAAAAGAAGGUGGCAGAUCUGGAGAAGGCUCUUGCGGAGGCAGAGAAGGAAAUGGGAGACGUUGUGGGACGAAUGAACACAGCUCAGAUUGGUGUAGCUGAGCUGGAGUCAGAGAGGGACGAAGCUCUUCGUCAAACUCGACGACUUGAAGCCGCCAUCGCCGCUGAACGUGAGAAGGUCCAAACUCUUCUCGAUUCCUCGUACGACUACUCUUACCCGGACGACUAUUAG